GAUUCAGUCUCAGUGCGCUGUUGUCGCUGCGUGCCCCCCAGCCCCACGGACCACGCCCCCCAGCCAGUCCGCCCACCAAACUGUCAGCCUGCCAAUCUGCCAGUCCGCCGACCUGCCAUCGGAAUGGAGCAGCUGUGCUACCUGGCGCUGAGCGUCCUUCUGGCCAUCAUCGUGGUCUACGGACUCCUGGAGCUCCACUACUUCCUGCGCAUGUGCCUCUGUGUUUUGCUCGCCCGGUUUGUGAAGAGGCGAUGCCACAUCCUGGACACCACCACGGUUAACGGUCUCUGCCUCACCAACGAUGUGGACACUUUGUUGUACCACAUGAACAACGCUCGCUACUUCCGCGAGCUGGACUUCGCCCGCGUGGACUUUUACGAACGGACCAACCUGUACCGCACCAUCACGGGAAUGGGCGGUUCCGUUUUCCAGGGGGCGGCCACCAUACGCUACCGUCGCUUCAUCCGCCCCUUUCACCGCUUUAACAUUAUUUCGCGGAUUAUUUACUGGGACGAGCAGUCACUCUUCAUGGAGCACCGCUUUGUGCGUCCAUCGGACAAGUUCGUGCACUGCAUCGCCAUCUGCCGGCAGCGGGUGAUCGACGUGUCCAUGGAGGCGGUGAUGUCGGAGCUACUGCCCAGGACCUCCUCCAACGGAUUCCGGGCGACGGUGCUGACCUCGCUGGCUGCUCCGUCGCCGGCAGCUGGUGGCAUAAGCAAUCCCGCGAUGGACACUUCGCUGGCGGAGAACGGACAUGGGACGACGAGCGGUGGAGCGGCGGGCACGGGUGCCACGGCCAGCGCGACCGCGGCGCACUGCUUGAAGCUGAAGCCCUCGCUGCCGCCGGAGUUGGCCAAGUGGAUCGAGUACAACGAUAUGUCGAGCAAGAAUCUACGCAGUGGCUGCUGACUGGAAUCGUUGGAGUCGCCGGAAGCGGAUGCGCAACCGGAAACGGAAACGCCCAUUAUUACAUGUUUUUUUUUUCUUGUCUCGCGUGCUUGUGUGUGUGAGUGUGCGUGCUAAAGUGUGCUAAUGUUUAAUGUCUAAGUGUGCACGUGAAAUGUUUGUAUUGUAAGCUAUGUAAGGGUCUGUAAAACAAAUAAGAAAAGCCCGCCCUCUUUUGGCCUUAACUAAUGUAUUGUAUAAUUACCCAGAGAUCAGACACGCCCCCCCGAAUAAUGAACUAGAAAUACAAACAAAACUCCUUGGUAGUCCACAGUGUGUAAGCUAUGAUGUACAAUGAUUGUUUAGUAAAUGAACAAACCUAAUGUGAAU